CAGCUCCCAGGCACCCUGGAUCCAGCGCCGCCGCUCGUAACACCCGCGACCCCGCAGCUAAGCGCAGCUCCCAGCGCAAUGGACCCGGCGCUGGCAGUCCAGAUGAGCGAGGCUGUGGCCGAGAAGAUGCUCCAGUACCGGCGGGACAUAGCAGGCUGGAAGAUUUGCCGGGAAGGCAAUGGAGUUUCAGUUUCCUGGAGGCCAUCUGUGGAGUUUCCAGGGAACCUGUACCGAGGAGAAGGCAUUGUAUAUGGGACACCAGAGGAGGUGUGGGACUGUGUGAAGCCAGCUGUUGGAGGCCUACGAGUGAAGUGGGAUGAGAAUGUGACGGGUUUUGAAAUUAUCCAAAGCAUCACUGACACCCUGUGUGUAAGCAGAACCUCCACCCCCUCUGCUGCCAUGAAGCUCAUUUCUCCCAGAGAUUUUGUGGACUUGGUGCUAGUCAAGAGAUACGAGGAUGGGACCAUCAGUUCCAACGCCACCCAUGUGGAACAUCCGUUAUGUCCCCCGAAGCCAGGUUUUGUGAGAGGAUUUAACCAUCCUUGUGGUUGCUUCUGUGAACCUCUUCCAGGGGAACCCACCAAGACCAACCUGGUCACAUUCUUCCAUACCGACCUCAGCGGUUACCUCCCACAGAACGUGGUGGACUCCUUCUUCCCCCGCAGUAUGACCCGGUUUUAUGCCAACCUUCAGAAAGCAGUGAAGCAAUUCCAUGAGUAAUGCUAUCGUUACUUCUUGGCAAAGAACUCCCGUGACUCAUCGAGGAGCUCCAGCUGUUGGGACACCAAGGAGCCUGGGAGCACGCAGAGGCCUGUGUUCACUCUUCGGAACAAGCUGAUGGACUGCACAUCUCUGAGAACGCCAGCCAGAGGCGGCAGCCCACCCUUCCUGCCUCCUGCCCCACUCAGGGUCGGCGUGUGAUGAGCCAUUCAUGUGCUCCAAACUCCAUCUGCCUGUUACCCAAACACGCCUCUCCUGGCAGGGUAGACCCAGGCCUCUAACCAUCUGACAGGGACUCGGCCUGGACACCAUGCGAUGCACUCUGGCCCCAGGCCUUUCUGUGCCCAUCACUCUAAGAGACCACGUUUCCCUGACUGUCAUAGAAAAUCAUCAUCGCCACUGAAAACCAGGCCCUGUUGCCUUUUAAGCGUGUACAGCCCCCUCAGUCCUGUGCUGCAGACCCCCAAAUAUAUUUUUCUGAUAUAGACCUUGUAUAUGGCUUUAAUGCUGCAAAAUAUUUUUUUUCCUUAAAAAAGGUGUCAACUUGGAAAAUAAUGGUUUAAAAACAGGAUAAGCAUUAAGGAAAAACACUUUCAAUGUAUCUUCCAUUUGAUGAAUUUGUUUUUCUCUCUUUAUCCCCUCAAGGUGGACUUUCAUGUCCUUGGUGAAACCAGGCAGUGUGAAUCUGUUCCAGCCCAAAUCUGCAGCAUUAGGGGUGAGUUCUUGGAAGUGAUUCUGAACUGAGCGUGCACUCACAUCUGCAUGGGGAACUCCGGGGGGAAGAGCCUUCUUUUUCUUUCCCUUGGGCAUUUGCCUUUCCUUGUCCUCUUACUGAGGCGGAGGCAGGAGGUCCCUGUCUUCCAGGCCCUGGCCAGGCCAUCCUGCCAUCAGGAAAGAUGGACGAGCAAGCCUCCGUCUAGCAGCCCUGGCUGGAAUCCCACCUCUAGAUCCUGCAUCUAUGCCCAGAUAACCUGGGACGGAUAACCUCUGUCCCAGUCACUUGCUUUGCCUGGUCUCUCAAGGAGUCUCUUGGUACCCCAGGCCCACGGCCAGCUCCAUGCUCAUCCCUGUCCCCACCUUCCAGUCUUGAUGAAAACCCAUCUUCUCUUUCAUCCCUUGGCUGCUUGAUAAGACUUAAAACAAUUCCCUGAUUUUAGGGAAGGCCACUGCGUGCACAGAUGGUGAGUUUGUGCAGGCAAGGAAUAUGCCCUCCACAUCACGUGGCCUCCUUGCCCAGCCUGGGUCAUGGGGAGGGAGUGUUGAAUUGAAUCACAUCUUUCGUUGGUAGAUUAUGUUCAUCUUCAAUGUUUCUAUUAUGUCUAAAAAGUGGAUACAAAUGGUGCCUCCAAGUUCUUGUCUAAUUGCUUGUCUACUGCUUGACAAAAUCCAGAAUGGAAUGGGCCAAUUUAACCAGCAGGACAGAAACUGCUCUAAGCCUUGGGAUGAAUAGAACAGUGAGCUGAACGCCUGCUCUAAUGAAGCCACUAAAGGGGUUUACAGGAAGGUUAGGAGCCCAGCUGGGUUUUGAGUCCACUGCUGGGAAACAGAUUCUUCACUUCCUGUGGACCCUAGAGAAGCCAUCAGAUUACAUUAACGUGGCUCCACUGAUGAUGGCCUGAGAAUUACUACUUUUUGUGUUUCAUCUGUGUCCUUGCCAAGUCUUCCCCCACAUCCUUACUUCACAGGAUCAGGGGCUGAGAAGAGGCCAAUACUCUGGCCCAGGCCUGGUCAAGGGAUGCUGGUUGUUGCUGAUGCAAAGUCACAUUGCCUGGUCCUGAGCUUGGCAAUCAGGCAUCCAGAGAUGGCCAAACCAAAUAUCCCUUUGGCCAGGCAUUCAGGCAUUCCCUAUAAUGUUGUGCACUUAAAGCAUCUUGGGCUGAUAGUCUCUACCGAAUCACAGAAGAACGGGUUCAAUCUGCUGCAUCACUCAUCAGCUGGAUAAGCCAUUUACCGUACACAGUGUUUGCCCUCAUAUCAAUACAUUGGCACAGAACCAUACACUGUAGAAGCUGCUGUGAUCACUAAAGGCAACGUCCGUUUAGCCCUGAGCACAGUGCUUGGCAUGUGGUAGGUAAGUAGUAGCAAUUUUAUUUGAUACCCUCAUAUACAUGCUGGUUCCUUCUAUCGGCACACCUGUCCACGCUUUGAGCUUGGUGCUUCACCUGUACUCCUCUGUUUACUGGCUCUACCACCCUUCCCUAGGAUUACUUCUCCAACCAAAAAAUUUUGCAAAUGUUUCAUGUGACAAACUGUAUUUUUCAUAAACGGCCCCAGCAAUAUUUCCUCUCCCCUUAAACCCAGGCAGGUUUGUGUCAGCUGUAACUGAUGGAGUAUAGUGGAGGUGAUGCCCUGCAACUUCCAAGGCAAAGGUAUAAACAAAACAAGAUGCAGCUUCUACAUGGCUCUUGCACUCCUGGGAUGCUCAUGCUGGGAUUCCAGACACCAUGUUGUGAGGAGGCCCAGGCCACAAGGAGAGGCCACCUAUAAGCAUGCAGGCCAGCAGCCCCAGCCGCAGCAGAACUUCCUCUAACGAAACCAGUCGACAGCAAGAGCUCAUGGUGGGAGAGGGACAGAGCGAAGAGUCCCUUUGGGUCUCAGUCCUAAGAGCCCUCAGACACACACCUGUACCUCUUUACCUCCUUUUAUGGAUGAACAGCCUCAGGCCCAGAAGAGAAAACUCAGCCACAAGAAGGAAGGAAUGAAAGUAAAAAUUCACUUCACCUGUGUUCCUAUCAGCCAGAAAUAACUACUGUCAAAAUUUUGGUGAGUUUCUCUGUCAUGCUUUCCCAAGCAUAUAUGCAUGUUGGGUGGGUAGAAAUAAUAGACCAGAGCUGAAAUAAAAUGUUGUAUUCUGUUCUUUUCUCUGAACAUUUCCCCAGAUCAUUUAAUUUCUUGUCACUAUCAGUGCCAAUGGUUGCAUGUUGUUCUAUCAUUAAGGAUGUUCCAUGGUAGACGUGACCAAUGCCCAAUGGCUAGGCACGGGAGUCAAGCCAGCUGGAUUUCCAUUCCAAAGCCUCUGUGCUCUAGUGGUAUGACUUUGAGUAAGAGAGUCUCUGAGGGCCUCACUUUUUUUUAUAAAAUGUGCAUAAAAAUUAUGUGUGAAUGCAUGAAUUAGCACAGUCCCUGACAUGAUAAGAAUUAAAUAAAUGUCAGAAUUAUAUCCCCAAAUGUUAAUUUGUCCAAUAUUCUAUUAUUAUAAACUAGGGGUUGCAAACUCAAAUGCCUACAGGGGCUAUUGUGUGAAUGGCAACUUGGUACAGGAUAAAGCGAAUGGUGGGGACCAUAGGGAGCUGGAGAGAGCCUGGCACAUUUGUAGCAAUUUAAAUUCAGAUGCUUUUAAAAUCUUGUGUCUUCCAAACAAAGCAAAAAUAUAAGCUAAAUUUAGCUGGUGGGCUGCUAGUUUUCAGCCUUUGUCUACAUACUAUGCUGGUCUAUGGUAAAUGCUGUUACUAUUCCUUGGAUACACGAUGAGUUAAUGGAUAAAUCCUAAGCUUUCUAAGAAGGCAAAGAUAUUUUACAUCAAAGUUCACCAUUUAUCUUACCUUCCAGACUCCACUGAUGCCUCUCCUUUCCAAACUUGGUGUUUUCCACAGCCUGGGCCACAGCUUCUUUGAGUUGCUGUUCAGAG